GGGCCUGGCCUUUACUCUCUCCUCCCUCCCUCCCCCUCACACGCUUUGCCUUUGCCCACGAAAAGGACAACCAACCCGGAGCGACGCAGCCAGGCAGGGGUGAAGAGAAGAGAGAAGGAAAAAAAAGGCGUGAGUCCCUCCCUCCUCCCUCCCACUUUUGCUCCAGUCGCCGCCGAGAUCCGCCCCGCGCCCGCCCCCGCCGCCGCUCCGCGCCGAGAUAGGCAUCAUUCCCAGCAUCGGGUUCUACGGAGGAGGUGCCGGUGUGGACAUCUGAUCCAUUUGGAGGGUAUUGACCGCUUCAGAGCUAGAGCUCCUCUGGCCUGUGGGCGGCUGCUGGAUUGGUCAAUAUAAUAGGCUCUCUAGUCUUAGAGAUGAUGCCAUUGUGAGCACAAGAUGGAUUCCGCGAGAAGUUGGUUCCAGAAGUUCCAGCCGCGGGACAAGUCCAAGAGCCCGGCGGUGCCUGCCAGCCAUGGGAAGGAUCCCGGGAAGCCCCCGGUCGACGACGCGCCUUCUAGCGCGACCAAGCAGAAGGUCGCCGCGGCAAAACAGUACAUUGAGAACCACUACAAGACUCAGAUGAAGUCCUUGCAAGAUAGGAAAGAGAGGCGCUGGAUGCUGGAGAGGAAAUUACAGGAUGCUGAAGUUCCUGCAGAAGAGCAGAACAACAUUCUAAAACAUUUGGAGAAAAAGGAGACUGAAUAUAUGCGUUUGCAAAGACACAAGAUGGGGGUUGAAGAUUUUGAACUUUUGACAAUUAUUGGAAGAGGUGCAUUUGGAGAGGUGCGUCUUUGUAGAGAGAAGACCUCUAAAAGCGUAUAUGCAAUGAAAAAGCUUAAGAAAUCUGAAAUGCUUCGUAGGGGCCAGGUGGAACACGUCAAAGCCGAAAGAAACCUUCUUGCAGAAGUCGAUAGUGCGUACAUAGUAAAGCUUUACUAUUCUUUUCAAGAUGAUGAGUUCUUGUAUCUCAUCAUGGAGUACCUUCCUGGUGGUGACAUGAUGACUUUGCUCAUGCGCAAGGACACUCUGACAGAAGAUGAAGCAAAAUUUUACAUCGCAGAAACUGUACUAGCAAUAGAGUCCAUUCACAAGCACAAUUACAUUCACAGGGAUAUCAAGCCAGAUAAUUUAUUGUUAGAUCUCAGUGGUCACUUGAAGCUUUCUGACUUUGGAUUGUGCAAACCUUUGGAUAGCAGUAAUUUUCCAAAUUUGAAUGAACCGGAUUAUACACCUGGAAAAGGUGCUAAACCUUUACCCGAUAACACCAGUCGAUUAACUAACUCUUCUGCACCGAAGCGUACGCAGCAGGAGCAGCUGUCACAUUGGCAAAAGAACCGUCGGAUGUUGGCGUAUUCUACAGUUGGUACUCCUGAUUACAUUGCUCCAGAGGUUCUAUUGAAGAAAGGAUAUGGAAUGGAGUGUGACUGGUGGUCCCUUGGUGCUAUCAUGUAUGAAAUGCUAGUUGGUUAUCCCCCAUUUUAUUCGGAGGAUCCAAUGUCAACCUGCAGAAAGAUUGUGAACUGGAGAAGUCACCUGAAAUUUCCUGAAGAGGCAAAGCUUUCUUCUGAAACUAAGGAUCUCAUUAGCAAACUUCUCUGUAAUGUUGAGCAGAGACUUGGAACAAAAGGAGCCCAUGAAAUAAAAGCACAUACAUGGUUUAGAGGUGUCCAAUGGGAAAAGUUGUAUCAGAUGAAAGCUGCUUUCAUACCAGAAGUUAAUGGCGAGUUGGAUACUCAGAACUUUGAGAAAUUUGAGGAGACUGGAGCACAAGUUCAGAGUUCAUCUAAGGCGGGUCCAUGGAGAAAGAUGCUUCCAUCCAAGGAUGCAAAUUUUGUUGGGUACACGUACAAGAACUUUGAAAUUGUGAAUGACGAUGAAGUUGCCGGGAUUGCCGAGCUGAAGAAAAAGAGCUCCAAAUCAAAACGGCCAACCAUCAAGACAUUGUUUGAGAGCAUGGAUGAAGAUGAACCUGUGCACGGCAGUUUCUUAAAUAUGUUGCCCCAUAAGGAGGGACAACCUUCUUCUCACUCAAGCGCCCCACCAGAACAAUACCAACCUCGACGUAAAUAGGAUAUGGAGGUUUUAAAAAGUAAACCACAGAAAAGUAAAAGAGAGGAAAAAAAAAACUGUUGCCUUUUGGUCUUGGUGUUACCCCGUCCAGCUUUUGUAAAUCCUAACCGAUGCUUUCUUUUUAGUGAAUUUGUUAAAACAAAAUCCAUCCCCUGUCUCCAAAAUAGUAUGGUGUUUGAUGUUAGCAGUGAUGCCUGUUUGGUUCGCCGUAUGUUGGUUUGACAGUCUCGGCGAUGGGUCCCCGGCUAUUACUGGCUACAGCAUAAGUGUAUACUGUUACCAGCUCUGACGAGCAUGUGUAUUACAAUUGAAUUCACCUCUGCUUUUCUGAACCUUUUGAAGAGGUUUUUAUAGCUCACAGUAAAACUGACUGAUAUGGUUAUCAAGAUCUUGA